UACAUGCAAUGCAACCAAUUAUGAAGAAGCACAAAAUAAUUGAAAUGCUACAUCUUUUUUUAUCUUUCCAACUUCACUUCUGCCAAAACCAUAGAGAAAGAAAUGCUUUUAUGAACUUUCAAACAUAGCAUGUGAUUCCAAAAUUGAAUAUCUCUGUUACUAACUUUAUCAUAGCAUUAUAUCACAUUUAUAAGCUAUAUCAGUGUAUUAAUAGGUAUUAAUGUGUUUAUUAAUUCACCUUUUUAUUAAUAAUGAAUUGCUGUAAUCAUUUUCAUGCUACAUAAGAACUUCUUUCCAGAAGAAUCAUCCAUACAACAUCCUUUUCUUUUCAUCCCAACAAAUUUUCCCGCUCUCCAAAACCCUCCAAAGAAAACUAAUCAUUACCAUAUAUAUAUAUAUAGAACAAUAUCAUCAUAUCAAUACCUCUUUCAUAGUUCAGAUCAUUUAGGAUUCCAAAAUGGGAAACUGCUUGUUAGGGGGAAUGUCAGAACCUGAAGGAGUAAUCAAAGUGAUAACAUCAAAUGGUGGCAUCAUGGAAUUCACUGCACCAGUAACAGUGAAUUUCAUCACCAAUGAGUUCCCAGGGCAUGCCAUUUUCCCAAGCCAUGACCUCUUCUGGAAGCCAUUGUCAUCAUUAGAUGAGCUUGAACCAGGUCAGUCAUACUACUUGCUCCCAAUCAGCAGCAACAACAAUAACAAAGAAGCUGAAGAAUACCCUUUUGCCACGGCCACGGCCGGCUGCAGUAUCGUCCGGCAAGGCCACGUCCGCUCUCGCAGUGUUCCUACAACUCCUCAUCCUCCUCCAUAUAGAAUGUCAUUGGACUAUCAGCCCCAGAAAGGAGCAGGGUUGCUCAAAACAAGAAGAAUCUCCAAAGAAAACUUCUCUUGCAAGAAACUGACUAGUAAGAACAGUACUAGUACUAAUAGCAGUAGCUGUAGGUUCUGGAAAGUGAAGCUGGCGAUUACGCCGGAGCAGUUGCUGGAGAUUUUGUCACAAGAGGCUAGGACCAAGGAGUUGAUGGAGAGUGUGAGGAUUGUGGCAAAAUGUGGUGGGGUUUCAUCUUGUGCAGGUUCUGCAGCAGCAAGCAUAGUUUCUGAAGAUUGGAGCCAUUCAAGCAGUGGUAGAAGUGUUAAUUCCUCUAAGAUUGAUGCUUUAGUACUAGACAUUUAACUACAGCUACAAAACCACCUAUGCUUCCUCCUUAUGUAUUUUUUUUCUUUUUUUUUGGAUAGAAUUUAGUUUAGAAAUACAACUUAUUCUCAAAUUUUAUGCCAUGUUGUACAAUCUCUGUGCGAUUUAUCUUAUGGUAGUUGUGUUGCAUGCUUU